UUGUUCCCUCGAUAUUACAGACUAGAACCUCAUUUGGAUCUGAGACAGACAGAAAUGCAGGCUGUGUUUGUGGUUCUCCUGCUGGCCGGUGUGGGUCUGAUCCAUGCCGGACCUCUACCUCCGCAACCGCUCCUCCAGACCCAGGAAAACUUCGACCUGGACCGGUUCUUGGGGAAGUGGUAUGACGUCGCCUCAGCCUCCAACUGCCCCUGGAGGAUGAAACACAAAGGAGAAUCUCCGAUCGGAUCUCUGGAGCUGCAGCGUAGCGACUCUCCAAACUCCCUGAACAUGACCCGCAUCAUGUCCAGGCAUGGUGUGUGUAAGAAGAUCACUGGGAACUAUGUGAAGACUGAAACUCCAGGAAGAUUCUACUACCACAGUGUCAAAUGGUCAGCGGAUGUGGACGCCUACGUGGUGCACACGAACUACGACGAGUAUGCGCUGGUGGUGAUGUUCAAAGAGCGGCGUGGAGGAAACAAGACCACCUCGGUCAAACUGUACGGUCGUAAGAAGGAACUGCGUCCUACGCUGCUGCAGGACUUUAGGACCCUGGUGGCUGAGCAGGGAAUGAGCGCGGAUACCAUUUCUAUUAAACAGAACAAAGAAGAUUGUGUUCCAGGAGAAAUAACAACUCCACAAACUGAGGUUCAGAAGAGAACAAGACGAUCUGCGGUGCUGCCUCCACCUGAGGAAGGUUCUGGAGACGACACACACAUCUUCAGAGGACAAGAGUCCUGUACAGGUGCCCCAGACCCUGGUCCGUGUUUCGGGAUCUUCCCCCGCUACCACUACAACUCCUCCAUCAUGACGUGUCAGAUAUUUCAGUACGGAGGCUGUAUGGGCAACCAGAACAACUUCCACACUGAGAAGGAGUGUCUGCAGACCUGCCGCACUGAGGCUGUAUGUCGGCUCCAGAUAGACGUCGGUCCCUGCAAAAAGUUGCUGCAGUUCUGGGCUUUCGACUCGACCUGUGGAAAGUGUGUGUCCUUCAACUACGGAGGUUGUCAAGGCAACGGCAACCGCUUCUACUCACAGAAAGAGUGUGAGGAGUACUGCGGCGUGAGCAAAGAUGGCGAUGAGGAGUUCCUCAAGGUGAACUAAAGACGAAUGUGGGGGAAAAAAAUCAGUAAAUAAAAUACCGAACAGCUUUUUAACAGAGUUUAUUGUUCCUUUAAUGUAGAAAUAAUACAGAAUAAACAGACUCAGGAUCACCGCUGGUUUAUUUAGAGAUCAAUUCUGCGUAGAUGUAGAAGCUUUUGCGAAGAUUUCCUUGGAAAUAAAAUAUUAAAUAUUAAAAUGUGCUGGAGAUCGACUCAAACAAUUUCACACACUGUUAACACGCUGCAUGAGAGAUGAUAUUAAAACAUGUUAAAGGUGUUAUAAGUUAGGUGUUAACACACAGAGAAGCUACGCAGCUACACGUGUUUGAUGAAUUGAAAUAAAUAAAAUACAACAAAGAAACAAACAAACAAACUAAAACAUUUUGGGUGUUUCUAUAUGUUGAAUAAAAUAAAGAUUUUUUCCCUUA